UUGAUAUCAUAACUAUCAGUUGAUUUUAUAAACUUUGCUGAGAUAGGAGCUUGUGCGGAAUAAAAUAAGAACAAAAACAAAAUGAUUAAAUUAUUAAUACUUAUAAUUGCAAUUGCUGAAGUUUUUAGUCUAGAAUGUUAUAUUUGUGAAAAUUUUGAAACAGCCCGUUGUUUAAAACCUGAAAAGUAUCAAGAUAUAUUAUUAAAAGAAUGUGGACGUAAUGAAACUAAAUGUGCCCUACUGGUGGAGAAAACCACCGAUAUUUCUCUUAUUAGAAAGUGUGUAACCGAAAAUUUUAAAUGUGAUUCGUCAAAAUAUAAUUGUGAAACCUGCGAAACGGAUGCUUGUAAUACCGGCAAUGAAGUUAAGAAACCAAUACAAAAUGUCGUCACUGCAAAUUUGGUUAUGUCAAAUAUUUAUCGGAUUGGCGCUAUUGCUCUGGUGAUAACAGUACUGAUUAUUUGGUGUGUUAUCAAAAUAUGCCAGAAAAAAGAUGAUAUUGAUUAUGAGGAAGAUGAUGAUUGUGAUGAAUACUAUGAGAAUGAGACCAAUAUCGAUUUGGAAGAAACUAGCAUUCAGAAAUGCUAAAUAUGUACAUAUGUAUGUACUUCACCUCUAGAUACUGAUCUCGAUGUUUAAUUUUAAAUAAAUUCUUAUUACUAAGACGAUUCAUAUUUGUAAUCAUUUUAUUACUAAUGAUGAUUGUGUAUAUUAAAAAUAAGAUAUGUAAUUAUAAUGUA